UGACGUACGAAAAUUCAAAACAAAGAAGUACGAGGUCCGUGUCCGUGUGUUUGGACAGUAACAUCUUUGUUGCGGUCAGGACCACGAGGGAUUUACCAAAGGAUUAUUGAUGACUUGGUAUCCAGAACUCAAAUGUAUAUAUUAGAUGUUGGCAAGUAGGCGGGUGUUACCUAAGAAAGUGUCUGUGGUCGAUCGACUUUGUCCGUUGCGUUGUUCAAAUGAUGGUUAAUGCAAAGUGUUAGUAAGGACAAAGAUCUCUAUUUAAAUUCAAGAAACGUCUACAAGGAAACGUGGGAACUUACUCAAUAGUACAGCGGGGGGUUGGUGUCUUGAGUGGUUCCAACUGGUCCAUCAGCCGUUUCAAGUGAGUAGCUCUUAUUGAAGUGGACUCGCGGAAGUGAAACCCAGAAGGCCCGACUCACAGCAGUACAAGAAGGAUACAGGAUGCCUCUGUUCUUCAGAAAGAAGAAACCCAGCGAUGACUCCCAGAAGAGACUUGAAUAUCAGCUUUGUCGGUCAAAGGAAGCAGGUGCUGAUGACAUCCUGGACAUCUCAUCUUGCGAGCUUUCAGAGGUCCCUUUGAGUGCCUUUUCGAUUUGCAAAUUUCUCCAGAAAAAGGUCCUGAUCUUACACAGCAAUGAACUCAAGUCGUUGCUUCCCAAAGGUAGCGACAUCGCCUCGCUUGGCUCUCUAAAGGUUUUGGAUUUGCAUGAUAACAAGCUUAGUUCACUCCCACAAGACAUUGGGAAACUGACGUCUCUGCAGAUUUUGAAUGUGGAGAAGAAUCGUUUAAAGAGCCUUCCGGAAUCCAUUGAGGAUCUAAAGCUCCUGCAGACUCUCAAUUUGAAAGGCAACUGUCUCAGUGAGCUACCAUCGGGAAUUAGCUCUCUAUGCAGUUUACGCACUCUGGAUGUGAGUGACAACCUCAUCAUCCAGAUUCCCAAAACAUUUGCUUACCUCCGCACACUGGAGACCCACAUACGGAACCCAGCCACAAUGACUUAUCCUCCCGCAUCCGUAUGUGUGGAAGGUACAGCGAGCAUCCAACACUUCCUGUGCUCUGAGCUAGGAGAGGAGUACUGUCCUCCAUCCCAGUAUCUCCUGCCCGUGCUGGAAAAUGACAGCGGCAAACAAAGCUCUGACUGUGUGGAUGCCUUGGAUGCCGCCUGGCAGAAUAAAUUCAGUGACUAUGAGAAGAGAAAGAUUCAGAAGCAGGAGGAAAAACUGGCCUUUGAGCGACACCGAGAGGAAAAACAAAAUGAGCACACUCAGCUUCUGCUCAUGAACACCUCUCGGAAAGUAAACAUCCUCAACUCGGUUCGUCAGGAGCAGGAGCGUCUGGAGCACGGCGUCACCCAGCAGCAGCGGGCCCAGGAGUCUGAGAGGUUGUUAUUGUUAGAAAAAGUGCGACACGCCGAAGACGACAUCAGCAGUCGCAUCAGCAACAUGCUGUUGGAUGACAACAGGCAGAAAAAGAGCGCCGAGUUUCUUCAAGCCAUGGAGGAAGAUCGGAUCCGUUUGGAACAGCUGACUGCCAUCACACAGGAAGAGGCCAGCUCUCUGAGGAAGAGAGAAGUAGCCGCGGCCAUGCAGAAGAUGCUGUCAGACAGCUGUGCUGUGAGCCUCCUGCAAGAAGCCAGCGACUAUCGUAGAAAGAGCUUGGUGUCCGAGGCCUACCGAAGCAUGGAGAAUUUGGAGAAAAAGUUUGACAAGAUGCUCUCCAUCCAAGUUUUGGACAAAUCUAAAGCCAUUGCCCAAAUUCUACAGGAGGAGGAGAUGCAGAAAGCGGCGUUCCAAGCGCUGCAGUUGCAGAAAGAUUCUGUCCACGGUUAUAUCCGCAACCAGAUCAAGCUUAUUGAGGGCGAAUUAAUGCAGCUGACAAAACUCGAAGUUAAAAGACGCAAUCUGGAUGCCGAGAGCCUGCAGGAAGUGCUCGUGGACCAGCGCACGGCUCUCGGCGAUUUGUUGCAGCAACUGCUGAAACAGAAGCACCAGAGAGAGCAAGAACUACUGCAAGUUCUGGCGGAAAUGGAACUGAAGUCGGAGUCCACCCAGCAGAACUACUGGAUGAUUCAGUACCAGAGACUGCUGGAUGCCAAGCCCUUGUCGCUGCGCAUGCAGGAAGCCGGGGUGGAAAAAGACUUAGUAAAUCUACUGUGCAAGCUGUCCGCACAGCAUUACUUGCCCAUCAUGGCCCACCAUCGUGUGACCGCAGAGGCCCUUCGCCACAUGAACUCAGCUGACCUUAAGAAGCUUGGCAUUGCUGAAGUUGGCAUCCAAAAAGCUCUUCUGAACUGGGCUCGUGAACGCCAGCCUGAAGGCGCAUGUAAGUUGGCGGAGCAGAGCGAAGAAAUUCCCCCAGCAGAGCCGUCCUCUUCCUUCUUUCCAUCGAUUCCCAACACCUCCGGCAGCUUGACACCGAGCCCGCCGCUCACUCCCGGGACCCCAAUCACGCCCUCUGCCCCGAGCCCAGUGGAGGGACCGGGAGGCUCCGAGUGUGUGGUCUGCAUGGAGACGGGGGCCCAAGUCAUCUUUCUGCCCUGUGGCCACGUUUGCUGUUGUCAGGUUUGUAGUGACGCCCUGCAGAACUGCCCCCUGUGUCGAGGCGCCAUAUCACAGCGCAUACGCCUUUACCGCAGUUAAAAGCGACCGCGGCUUUGCAACUUUUUUCGGGGAAACGCGCAUGACCACAACGCUGCUGCUGAGUUCAUAUGUAGGCACGCUUUGCGUAGGUGUUUGAAGAAUGCUGAGCCACUUUUCCCAUAUUAACCAAAAACUCGAUGCCGCAUUAUUAUGCAAGAAGUUUGGACUAUUUUCAUUUUAUGUCUAAUUCAUUUCAAUGGACUUGUUUUGACCUUUCUACACAAGGGAUAGGUGCCGUUUUCUGAAAAUAGAUUCUUUGGGUCCAAACAGUACCUUUUGUUUCUGUACACCAUCAUGACAUACCGACGCACUUAACACUGAUGAGCCAUAACGUUAUUUGACCACUUGCACAAUAUAAUGUCCAAUCCAAGAACUGUAUCAAAUACUCUUACCUGAACAGAGAUCAUUAAAUGUGUGCGUGCCGUGAUGAGCAGCAGCCAGAACGGAGCCCAACAUGAACAAAACCAAAAAAUAAAGCCGAUACAAGAGUUUGUGAAUUUGUGAAAAGGAAAUCACUGCCUGCCGUAGUGGAGACCUGACACGGAGGCAUGCGACACACUUUGGCAGCGUCUUAAGUGCAGAAACCAUCGUACGUACGUGUACCGUUUUAAAAUGCUUCUCCUGGCCAUUCUUUGCCAGUGCCGUCAGUGAAUUGUACACGAAACAAACUUUGAAUGAGAAGAACAAUAAUAAUAAAAAAAGACACAUGGCAACAGCUCUCAGUGGAAGCUUAAAUGGACUGCAUAUGCAAAAUUUGGCAGAUGAUCCCCCAACAUGACACGGUGUGCAAAAGAGAAAUUGGAUACCAUUUGAUUUGCAGAUUAUAAUACUUAUUGUUUAUUUGUUCAGCAUUCUUUUUCUAUUUGGAAAACUGAAUUUAGACAGUACUACUAUUUAUACUUAUGUCAAACAUUGCUGAUAAUGACUCUGAGAGGUUACGACUUGUUAUUCCGAGCAUUUCUUUCAUUUGUAAUCACUUCAAAGCAUGGAUAAAUACUGAAAGCACCUUAAGAGAGUCGUUAUGCUUGCUGGAGUAUGUAAGUGCUCUUGUGUUCAGUGUAUGCAUUCUUGUAAAACAACACAGGAAAGUCAAUGGUAAAGCAACCAACUAGCAGUUAAAACUGAUGUUGUCUACAGUUCCCUAUAGGGGGAAGGACUUAAGUUCUGCCGGCAUGGCCCUCCAGCCUUAUCCAUAUGUUUUGGACAACUGUCACUUUUAUUAUGAUUGUAUGUGAUGCACUAUAUAUAUAUGAAAUAAGAAGUCCUGUUUGCAGCCAUCACUAACUGUUAUAUUCUCCAAGUGCUCUUACUUACUGUGCACAUAUGUCAAAAUAUGAUGUAAUAUAAAAUAUAUGCCACUUUCUCUUACUCUCUGUGUAGUCACUGUAUAUAUUAAUAUCGCUGUUGCUGUGUAACAAUAUUGAUAUGGAAAUAUAUUUGGAAAUUAAGUGAUGAGUAUUAUCACAAAUAAAAGGUGAAAGAUG